AAAUCGCUAAAAUAAUACUAAUAAAUGAAAUAAUUUAAAAAAAAAAAAGUUAGUCUGGUGGUGACGUGUCGAAAACCGUUGAAGGGAAAGGGGUGGAGCUGUGUAAUUUGCUUGCUGAAAUCUGAUUGGUUGGCGGAGCUGGCUUAUUUGCAUCUGACGUCACCCUGCUGAGACGUCAACGACUCUGUGGAGUGGAAAUAACCAACUCCAUUCACAACACACACACCUCUGAAUCAUACACACAAAAAAACGGAUUUAUUUGUAAAUUAAAGGUUUUAUUUAAUAAAAAAAAACAUCUCAGUAGAUAAAACGUCUCACUAUGUGUCCGGUGUGGUCGAGGAGAGUGAAGAAUAACUGAUUUUGCUGUGUUGUCAGGACGCUUUAAACGUUAAAAGAGUCAGACCAUGAACUACGUGGGGCAGUUGGCAGGGCAGGUGUUUGUGCAGGUGAAGGAGCUGUACCGCGGCCUGAACCCGGCGACGCUCUCCGGCUGCAUCGAUGUCAUCGUGGUGCGUCACCCCGACGGCUCCCUGCACUGCUCGCCCUUCCACGUCCGCUUCGGCAAGAUGGGAGUGCUGCGCUCACGCGAGAAAGUGGUGGACAUCGAGGUGAACGGAGAGCCUGUGAGCCUGCACAUGAAGCUGGGAGAUAACGGCGAGGCUUUCUUCGUCACGGAGACCGAGAACGAUCAGGAAGUGGUGCCCUUGUACCUGGCCACGUCCCCGAUCCCGUCGUCCUCGCCCAUCCAGACCCUGGGUCCCGAGAUCGGAGCGACGAAGCGCAGGAGGAAGAGGAGGAGGAAGUCCAAAGUGGACAGCUUGAAGAGAGAGACGAGCGAGGAGUACUCGGAGUACGAAACCGUCUUCGCCAUCGACAUGAGCUCGCACGAAGGAGACGACGAGCACAACGGGAUUUCUUCAAAGGAACCAGUGAAUAGUUACACGCAGAACGCUGUGUAUCCCCGCUCUGAUGGUGACUGGUCACCUAUACAGAGCCCCAAUGUCUCUCGCCCCUGCUCGCCUAAGAGCGACUCUGAGCUCGUCACUAAAGCCGGUGAGGAGAAGCAGCAGAACCCGGCCAUGCUCUGGGCCUGGGGAGAGCUGCCUCAGCCGUCCUUCCUGUCAUCUAAACCCGGUCCUCCCUCCGCACGUCCCGUCCCCAUUCCCGUUUCGGACAACACACACUUCAGAGUCAUCCCCGACGCGCCAGCUGCUACUGAUCAUCACCAUGGCGACGGCAACGCAUCCCUAUCUCAGUUCAUCCCCACAGCCGAGGACGGCAGGACAGAGAGGACAGACUCGGGUGAUGCAGGAGCGGUGAGCGGGAGCAUCGCAGCAGGGAACGAGCCAAUGAGAACGCAGAACAGCCUUAAAGAAAGGGAUCCGGAGACGACGAGAACGGAAGCAGAGACAGUGGCGACGUUAGCAGCGUGUCUGGUGUCAGAGGUCGAGGAAAGGGGUGUGGCCAGUGUGGGGCCCCGCCCACUAGGCAAAACGGAUUCACCUUCCAAGAGAAAAGACAAGAGAAGCCGCCAUCUUGGCUCUGACGGUGUGUAUCUUGAUGACAUCACAGAGCUGGAGCCGGAAGUGGCGGCGCUCUACUUUCCAAAAAGUGAGAACAGCGGCGCAGGACGUGCGUGUUGCGAGAGCGCGUUACGCAGCAUGAGCAUGUCUCCUCCGUCCGUGGGAAGCUCGGGAGCGGACAGCGGCGUGGACAGUUACACAGAUCAGCCCACUGACCUGCCCUCUAUCGGCCUCUCCCUGUGUGGAGGACUGACCGACAGCCGAGAGAUCACUAAAGAGCACUUUCAGGAGAAGGCCCUUUCCUACCAGCAGUUUGCAGAGAACCCCACCCUCAUAGACGACCCCAACCUAGUGGUCAAAAUCGGCUCGAAAUAUUACAACUGGAGCACCGCUGCACCGAUCCUGCUGGCUAUGCAAGUCUUUCAGAAACCUCUGCCUAAGGCCACCGUGGAGAGGAUCAUGAAGGAGAAGAUGCCGAGGAAAGGAGGACGCUGGUGGUUCUCGUGGCGCGGGAGAGGGAGCAACUCCAAAACGGAUUCUACAACCGUAAACGGACCCUCUGGAGGAGCAGAGCAUGCUGGGAAGAUGGCUGUCAUCAACAGGCGGAACGAUGAAUCCUCCUCCUCCAGCGACGAAGAGCACCAAUCAACCAAACAGACGGCCAGCUCCACCCAAUCAGAGACCUCAAUUAGCCAAGGGGGCGUGUCUUACAGGAAGACGCUCCGCCUCACAUCCGAACAACUGGCUAGCCUGCAAUUAAAAGAAGGCCCCAACGACGUGGUGUUCAGCGUCACCACUCAGUACCAGGGAACGUGUCGCUGCGAGGGAACCAUCUACCUGUGGAACUGGGACGACAAAAUCAUCAUCUCCGACAUCGACGGCACCAUCACCAGAUCGGACACGCUGGGGCACAUCCUGCCCACUCUGGGGAAAGACUGGACACACCAAGGCAUCGCCCGCCUCUUCCACAAAGUCAGCCAAAACGGCUAUAAGUUCAUGUACUGCUCAGCGAGGGCGAUCGGCAUGGCGAACAUGACCAGAGGAUACUUACACUGGGUGAACGAGAGCGGCACCAUGCUGCCUCAGGGUCCCGUACUGCUCAGUCCCAGCAGCCUGUUCUCAGCACUGCACCGGGAGGUGAUUGAGAAGAAGCCAGAGAAGUUUAAGGUGGAAUGCUUGACCGACAUUAAGAACCUGUUUUAUCCAAACACACAACCUUUCUACGCUGCCUUCGGAAACAGAGCCACGGACGUGUAUUCAUAUAAGGAAGUGGGCGUUCCCUUAAACAGGAUCUUCACUGUCAAUCCAAAAGGAGAACUGGUGCAGGAGCACGCCAAGACCAACGUGUCCUCAUACGUGCGUCUAGGCGAGGUGGUGGAUCACGUCUUCCCCCUCCUGAAGAGAACGAGCUCGUCGGAUUUCCCCUGCAGCGACACGUACAGCCACUUCACCUUCUGGAGACAGCCGCUCCCUCUGGUGGACGGAGAGGAGUGUGCAGGCACAGCAAAGAGCUGAAACCCACCAAUAUGCACAAACAGUGCGUUCAGAAAGUAUUCAGACCUCUUCUUUUUUCACAUUUUGUUCUGUUGCAGCUUUAUGCUAAAAUGCUUUAAUUAUUUUUUAUUUUUCACAUCGAUCUACACUCCAUACCCCAUAAUGACAAAGCAGAAACCAAAUUUGUGAUAACUUUGCAAAUUUAUUAAAAAGAAAUAGAACUGAAAUAUCACAGUUACACAAGUAUUCAGACGGUUUGCUACGACACUUGAAAUUUAGCUCAGGUGCAUCCCAUUUCUCUGGUUCAUCUUUGCGAUGUUUCUACACUUUGACUGGAGUCCACUUGUGGCAAACUCAGUUGAUUGGACCUGAUUUGGUAAGGCUCAUACCUGUCUAUAUUAUGUCUAACAGCUGAAAAUGCAUAUCAGAGCAAAAACUAAGCCAUGAGGUCAAAGGAACUGUGACAGGAUUGUGUCAAAGGCUACAAAAAAAAUUUCUGCUGCAUUAAAGGUUCCCAUGAGCACAAUGGCCUCCAUAAUUCUUAAACAGAAGAAGUUUGGAACAACCAGGACUCUGAGCCAUCGGGGGAGAAGGGUCUUGGUAAGAGAGGUGACCAACAACCCAAUGGUCACACUGGUUGAGCUCCAGAGAUCCUGCGUGGAAAUGGGAGAAACUUGCAGAAGGUCAACCAUCACUGCAACAAUCUUGGCUUUAUGGCAGAGUGACCAGAUGAAAGCCUCUCUGCUUGGAAUUUGCAAAAAAAGCAGCUAAAGGACUCUCAGACUAUGAGAAACAAGAUUCUCUGGUCUGAUGAAACGAAGAUCGAAGUAUGGCCUCAAUUCCAAGCGUCAUGUCUGGAGGAAACCAAGCACCACUCAUCACAAUAGGCACCUGCACAAUACCAUCCCAACAGUGAAGCAUGGUGGUGGUAGCAUCAUGCUGUUGGGGUGGGGGGGGGGGGGGGGUGAUCUGUUCAAGAGCGCUCAGGACAUCAGACUAGGCUGAAGGUUCACCUUCUAACAGGACAGUGUUUUUCAGCAGCAGGGACUGGGGCACUGGUCAGGGUUGAAGGAAAGCUGAACGCAGCAAAAUUCAGAGAUAUCCUUAAAGAAAAUCUGUUCCAGAUCUUCUAACAGAACAAUGAUCCUAAGCACACAGCCAAGAGAAUGCAAGCGUGGCUUAGGUACAACUCAGUGAAUGUCCUCGAGUGGCCCAGCCAGAGCCUGGACUCGAACCCAAUCGAACAUCUCUGGAGAGACCUGAAAAUGGCUGUCCACUGAUGGUCUCCAUCCAACCUGCGAGAGCUUGAGAGGAUCUGCACAGAAGAAUGGCAGAAAGUCUCCAAAUCCCAGUGUGCAAAGCUUGUCGCAUCGUACCCAAAAAAACCUGAGGCUAUAAUCGCUGCCAAAGGUGCUUCAGCUAUGUACUGAGCUGGGGUCUGAAAACUUAUGUAAGGGUGAUAUUUCAGUUUCUUCUUUUUAAUAAAUCUGCAAAAUUAUCACAAAUCUGGUUUCUGCUUUGUCAUUAUGGGGUAUGGAGUGUAGACUGAUGUGAAAAAAAAAUAAUAAUUUAAAGCAUUUUAGCAUAAAGCUGCAACAUAACAACGUGAAAAAAAUGAAGGGGUCUGAUCUGAUUACUUUCUGAAUGCACUGUACAUGAACACACACACACACACACACACACACACACACACACACACACACACACAGAGAGAGAGAGCACUGCAUAUCUUAACAUAACUUCAAGAACUAAAUAUAUUUAAAAAAAAAAAACAUUUGCACAUUUUUUUAUAUCACGCUAGCUGCUGAACAUUUAUCCCGCUUUUUUUUUUUUUUUUCUUUUAAACGUUCUUAUACCACAGCAUUCUGGACUCUGAUUGGUCAGAAGGUGUUGAUUAAUUUUCUAUAACAGCAGCUCUGACAGUAGCGCAGUACCGCAAAUCACAGGUUAAUAUUUACGCGCGUAUCUGAGAAAGAUCAUUGAUGUGGUGAAGUUUUCUGUAAAGAUACGUUUUUUAACAUUUACAUAUGGAAGGAGUCUCCAGUGUCAGUGCUUCGUAACGCUUCAUCAUCGAGAUUUCUAACACAUUCCGACAAGUCUUCAGGACCGAGGAGUUUACGCUUUACUGAUUCUCAGUAACAUGACAUUUUUGUCUUAACUCCGUAAGAGAGGAAAAAAGAGAGGCUGGUGAGGGAACAACUGUUUAUAGUUGCUAUAUCGUAAGUGAGAGCAGUCUGCUGUGGUAUAAGAGGAAUAAAACACUUCAGAACCUGCUGUUACAGGAAAAUAAUCAAAUUCCUUACAUGGAACGCUGGGCUGGUGAACGGAAUUAUGGGAUUGCCUUUUCUGAAAAAGGACACAUGGAAUGCUGCUUGUAAAACUUGUCCAAAAUAAGGAACGCUGCCUUCCAAAUGAGACUGACACUCACAUGUCUGUUGCACAGAAAAAAAAAAUGUAGAGCUACGCUUUUAGAGCUAUACACACACACACACACACACACACACCUGUUCUGCUACACGUUUAUUUAUUUAUUUUUAUUCAUAUCUCGCUGCUUUAGAGCUUUUCACCUUGAAUGUGUGUGAAUUCCAGCUGUGCCAAAUCUCAGAAUGCUCAAAAGGUUCAGAGACUGUUACUGCGUAGAGUAUUUGUUACUGAAAUUACAAUCACAUGUACAGUAUAUCAGACAUACACUGGCACUUUAGAAAUCUGUAAAACAACAAUAAAAAAAAAGCACAACGUGCAAUUCAGUAAGCUGCGGUAGAGACGAGUGCAGCUUCAGAUUAAUCGCUGUAGCUGAAAGAUUAUAACAGGACCGUGAAAUAUUUCAUCAUUAUUUCUGGGAUGAUUUGAUGUUAUGCGCUGAAAAUGUAGCAUCUGAACAAAAAAAAAAAAAAAAGGAGAUUUUGUUCUGUAUUGUUUUCCGUUUAUUCAUUUAUUCGUCUUCAGUAAGCGCUUCAUCCUGGUCAGGGUCACUGUGGAUCCACGGCGAGGCGGGAAUACACUCCGGAUGUCCACCACACACACACACACACACACACACACACUCUUUCACAUCCACCGUAGCCAAUCCGUCUCCUGGCGUGUUUUUGGAAGGUGGGAAGAAACCGGAGAACCCGGAAAAACCCCACAGGGACACAGAGAAAACAUGCGCUGACUGUAACCCGAGCUCAGGAUCGAACUCUGGGACUCUCCGGAAUAUCUGGAAUAAAGCUGUUAUGUUUUUUUUGUUUGUUUUUUUUUUUUUUCCUAAGAAAUCAUUGUUUCAUCUAAGAAAAACUGUUCAAUAUUUCAUGAUAGAAAUUUGCCGUCAACAUUUCAGGCUGCGUACGUGACGUGUACUCACGCCGUAUACGUCUAUACCGACAUUUUUAUUAACACAGAAACAUUAUGCAAGCUGAUGCCGAACGUAUUUAUUUAAUCGUGUUUAUCGAAUUUCUCGUCGUGGUGCUCUGUGAAGCAUCUUACUGAAAUGUUACCGGUCGUAUACAAGCUGUAUUUUCCUAAUACUAAAAGUACAGUAUCUGUUUUUCAUGAUCAAACUUUAAAGUCAAAAUAUAUAUAUAUCUCAGUAGGAUCUGUGUGAUGUCUGUUAUAGUUAUUCUUUCUGUGAAAGAUCAGUAUAACACUGGCGUAUUGUCUUCUCAGUCCAGCCGCUGAUAUUCUCAAUUUAUUUUAGAUGGAAAUUUGUUAAACAGCUGUUUCUGACUUUUUUUUUUUUUUUCCUCUCAGUAAAAUAAACUGAUUUACUCUGAAUCUGAAUUACUUUUGAGUCAUGAGUAAGAUCCGUAACCCUUACCUGUUCAGCUCUGCCUCAGGGGAAAGGUGCUUUGGGUAACAGGUGAGCGAUGAACGCUAAAAAGAAUCAUAUCACGUUACUUAAAGACCAUACACAAUACACAAUCCAUAACCUGAAAUCACGUGAAUCAUAGAUAUCUGUCUCGCCCUAUUCUUGUGAUUUUAUUUUAUAGAUUUGUGUUGCUUUUUGUUUUUUUGUUGUUUUUUUUUAGCUCUUCCUAAACUGUUUAAUGUUGUUCCGUAUAUCUGCUUUUACUCAUGUUAUACACUUUGCUGUUUCUAAUGAAUCAAUUAGAUUCAAAAAUAAUACAUUUUUCUACAGUUAUCAUACUAUAAUCUGUUACUACAUGGCACUGAAUGUAUGUGAGAAACUUAAAAAUAUAAAAUAUUGCUUAAAUAUAUAUUAUGAAAGGUCAUAUCUGCUUUGACCUUAUUGACAAAUCACAGAAUUUUCAGACAGAAUAAUAUCAAAUCCCAACAUCUUGAAGGAUUACGGCAAUAAAUAAAUAUAUAUAUAUAUAUACACACACACAUAUAUAUAUAUAUAUAUAUAUAUAUAUAUAUAUAUAUAUAUAUAUAUAUAUAUAUAACAACAUGAUACUUUUAAGACAUUUCUACGAUAUUUAAUAUGCAUCACAAUAUAUAGGUUGAUUUAAAAAAAAAAAAAAACGCUGGCAAAACAACAGUUACAUUUAUUAUAAAAACAAUAAUUAUUAACAAAACCUGAGUUGAUAUUGAUAGAUAGGAAAAUAUGAAAUAUUAUACAUGAGGAUUUUUACCCUGAUUUUGAUGGCAGGUUUAUAAAUUAACAUUAAGUAAAACAUAAAAAAUAUGCUUUUUUGUGUGGAAAUGCAGAAAAAGGAGUUAAAAGUGUAUUUGUUCUGUCUUAUAAAGCAUUGAUGGAUAUAAAAAAGUGUUAAAAUGAUAAAGGUAAAAGUUUUUAAUGUUUCUUGUUAAGUUAUUAUAAGGAAGUCUAAUAAGAUAAGAAGAUAAGAAAGAGGGAUUUCUCUGUACCUAAGCACUGGUUAGCUUUGGUGAAAGUAGGCCAGUUUGAUUCCAGAAAUGUUUGAAUCGACUCAGAUUCCGAUUCCAAGCUUUAGGACUCGAAGGAGUCGAUUCACUGGAGUUGAUUCUUGUUUUCUUUUUUGCCCUUGACGAUGAAUAAAGUGAACUAAAAGGCUCAUAUCU